GGCUGUCACCGCGGGGCGGGCGGGCUGCCGAAGCCGGGCCCCGGCCGGGAGUGAACUGAAGGCCCCGCAGGUGAAGGGAGAGAAGCAGUCGGCGGCCAGGAAAUGAAGGAUUGCUGAGGAAUUGCUUUGAUGUGCUUCCUUUGGCAUCUCAAGAUCUCUCUCACUGAAGAUUAAUCUCCAAGGAACAUCUGUCUCUCCAAGCCUUUGUUCAUGGCCAUUAGCAACUACAGAUGCUUUUCAUGACUUGGAAAACAUCAAGCACCUUUGUGUUUAGCCUGCUUCAGGUAGCUGAAUGAAGGUUUCUAGUUGUUUUGAGAACGCUUGCUGAAGCACCUCUUUGCUGGGUGAAUGUUCAUGAAGCCCUUUCCUGAACUAGCUUAGGAGGCUUCUACCUCUUGGAUCCUGGACAUGGAAGCUUUGGAAGUAGAUGACAUCAGCCCAGCCUUGGAAGUUACUGAGGAUUUCUUUAGUACUUUUGAUAGUAAGCUAGGGAAGGCUGUGCAGCAAGCAGAAGUUUACGGAAUUCAGGAAGUCCCUGAAUUGGUGGGGCAUGAGGUACUCAGUAACUUAACAGACAAUGGUGCUAUCAGAAAUGUUACCGCCCUGGGCAAGGAGGGUGUGUUUUGGGGCCACUGUAAGAGCAGGCUCUUAGAAACCAAAGCUCAAAAUGUCUUCCCUGCCAAAGAACAGUUUAUGGUCCAGAAAGGGACAGCCCCAGAUAAUCUCUCCUGGAUGCAACAAAAGGAAGCGUCGACCUUUAAUUUUUUCAACAUCUGUCAACGUCGGAGGGAUAGACCUCGCUCUGUGAAUGAUUUAUUAGAUGAAACCUCUACUUUUAAGCCAGGCCAUGCUCGAUCAAGGUCAGAUAUCACCCAAAUGGACUGGAGGGUAGUCCUCAAAACCAUGCCUUUGCAGCAACAGCAGCAGCAACCACUUCAGGGCCCUCAGUUCACCAGGCCAUCUUUCCUGUUGCCCUCACCAAAUAAGGUAGAAGAUGCUCAAGGAAAUACUGAACACAAGCAGGUGUUCCCAAACAUUCUGAAGAAGGGUUACCUGGAGAUUAGGAAGGACCAUGACAGCUACUGGCAAAGUUGUUAUGCAGAGCUCUCACCCUACAACUUAUACUUCUACAGCCUCGACAGCAGUGGGAAUCAAAAUCUUUGUGCCACGUACCAGCUAUCUCACUUUCAGAGCAUCUCUGUCUUGGGCAACCUUGAGGCCAGGCUGGUGGACACCGUUCUGUAUGACAACACUCAGCUGCAGCUAAAGGCAGAGUCACCGUGGGAGGCUCUGGAUUGGGGGCAGAAGCUCUGGGAAGUCGUGCAUGCCACCGUGCCUGGCUACAUGGGACGGCAGGAUGCGCUGGCAAACUCCCCAGGACUCAGUCAUCAUGUUGACUGUACACAGAAUCAUUGUUUACAGAAGAAAUCCAGUGAGCUGCUUGUGCCAUCCCCUGUCCUGGAUAGCCCUAAGCAGUACCAAAACAUCCUCAAAUCAGGGACGCUCUACAGGCUAACUGUCCAGAACAACUGGAAGGCAUUUACCUUUGUGCUGAGCAGGGCCUACCUUAUGGCGUUUCAGCCCGGCAAGCUGGACGAGGAUCCCCUGCUAAGCUACAAUGUGGAUGUGUGUCUGGCUGUCCAGAUAGACAACCUGGAUGACUGUGACUCUUGCUUUCAAGUUAUUUUCCCCCAAGAUGUCCUCCGCCUCCGGGCUGAGACCCGGCAGAGGGCUCAGGAGUGGAUGGAGGCUCUGAAAACAGCCGCCAAUGUGGCGAGGAGUUCAGAGCAAAAUCUGCAAGUCACACUGAGGAACAAAGCCAAGGACCAGAUAGGUGGGCAAGAGCUCAGGAAGAAUAAACGCCAAUCCGUAACCACCAGCUUCCUGAGCAUUCUGACAACUUUGUCUUUGGAACGAGGACUCACUGCUCAGAGUUUCAAAUGUGCAGGAUGCCAGCGAUCCAUAGGCCUUUCUAACGGGAAAGCGAAGGUAUGCAAUUACAGUGGCUGGUACUACUGCAGCAGCUGCCAUGUGGACGACAGUUUCCUCAUCCCAGCACGCAUAAUCCACAACUGGGACACCUCAAAAUAUAAGGUGUCUAAGCAGGCCAAAGAGUUUCUGGAGUACGUGUACGAAGAGCCCCUGAUUGACAUCCAGCAGGAGAACCCCAUGCUGUACCUCCAUGCGGAGCCGCUGGCUGCGGUGGUGCGGCUGCGGCAGCGGCUGAAGUCGCUUCGGGCCUAUUUGUUCAGCUGCCGGGCAGCAGUGGCUGAGGAUCUGCGCCGCAGAAUUUUUCCCAGAGAAUACCUCCUUCAACAAAUCCACCUAUAUUCCCUUGCCGAUCUGCAACAGGUGAUAGAGGGGAAGCUGGCUCCAUUCUUGGGCAAGGUCAUUAAAUUUGCCACCUCACACGUGUACAGCUGCAGUCUUUGUAGCCAGAAGGGGUUCAUCUGUGAAAUCUGUAACAAUGGAGAGAUUCUCUACCCUUUUGAGGAUAUUUCAACAAGCAGGUGUGAAAGCUGUGGGGCUGUUUUCCAUUCUGAAUGCAAAGAAAAGUCUGUCCCCUGCCCGAGGUGUGUGCGCCGAGAGCUACAGAUGAAGCAGAAGUCUUUCUGGCGGAGGCUGAACAUGGACGAGAGCCUGGAGGAGGCCUGCAGCAUGUUCGAGCUGUCUUACCAGAACACCUGACUCGGCAGGACCCCACGGCCAGGGAUUGACGUCAGCACUCCAUCAGCCCCAGCGGCUUCCUAACUAGCCAGUUAGACCCCUUUGGAAGAGAGAGUGUCUCAUCUUCAGCUAGAUAUAGUAUUUAUUUAUAUAUACACACACAUAACCUAUACACCCUGUAUGAAUGUUCUGUACAAAUCGUUGUCUAAAAGGUUCAUGAAGACUCUGUGGCUCAAAAAAUUACCAGUAGCUGAGUUACACUUAACCAUGAAUUUCAGCUGCUUGCUCCGAAGCAAAAUGUGGAUUACACACAAUGCUUUAUAGGUCAGAUUUUUUUUUCUUUGUUUUUUGGCUCUUGGACCACUUUAUUAUACAGAGCACAGGAGGUAGCCUUCCCUGCGGAACACCACCACCACUUGGGUUAUUUUUGUGUUAUUUAUUUUUAGCCUUUAUAGAGGAUGAGGUAACUGAGGCUAGCACCUAUGGUCAUCUGUCUCGUAAGAAAAUCUUCAAAACACAAGCAGGACUCCCGGACCUUCCAGGCCCACCUCCCUGGCUGGCUCUCCUGGGUUUCUGCUGCAGAGGCAGGGUCCCUGACACGAGCCAAGUGGCUUAGAGCACUGGAGUACGAGCUCUCUCUGACAGCAAGUAUGUGCUCCUAUUUAUGAGGAGAGCUAGUUCUGGAUUUGAAGUUAAUCUCAGAAAGACUUUUUCCUGAGACGAGAAGAGAACUCUGCAACCAAUAACGCAAGUGGUUGGUCUGUAUGAACCUGCCGGUACGAAUCUCAACGGCCGCCUGAUGCGGUGAUGGGCCACCAUUUUGCCAGGUUGUCCACUGGCUCUCUUGAGAAGAGUUUUCCAGGUUUUUCAUGGGUAAUAUUUAUGAUUACUUUAAUGGUGCUGGUUUGUGGAAAUUUCCUAGGAUGGUUGUUUAAUACACCGGUUUGCAGACUGGUCAAUGAGGUACACAGUGUAUAAUUCCAAGAGAUGGUCUUCAGUUUCUUUUCACAGAAUCUUGUGCAGGCAUCCCCUGCCUAGUCAUUUUAAAUGCUUCAUUUCUCAUUGUUCUUCAUCGCACUUUCACUUUGACCUUUACCUGGCCCAUGUAAUCACGCCUACUUUCACAUUUUAUAAUUGUUUUAAAAAUCAGAGUAAUGUGGAAUUCAAAAUAUCAACUUUAGACUAUUAAGAAAAUACCCAACGUACAAUAUAAUUAAUGAAUUAAAUCUAUAUUGUUGAAAUAAAUAUAUAUGUGUAUAUAAUUGCCAUCUUAAGGUUAAAAAAAAAGUGCUAAAAGUAAUAGCAUAGGAAUAAGAAAUAUAGCAAAUUGCUUAGCCACCUGGCAGGGGUAGCAGCCACUGAAAUGGGAGAUAUUCUGGUACCGGAACUCAUACCUCCCAUUCCUUCUACUUUAACUCUUUCCAGAUGGAAAAAAUAUGCUUCUAUUGAGACAAUUCUCAAUAGACUAUAUGAGAAGAUGUUUCCACUGAGCAGAUGCCUUCAGCACCGUCCUGGCUCCGUACUGUCCCUGCUACUAGGGUCUGGAGAAUCAGUAGCUCUCAGCGUAUAGGGUACAUUUACCACCAUUGCUUCUUUCCCUACCCCCGCUCCCCCCACAUCCCAAAAUUGAUGGUACUUCCAUCCAUUUAGAGACAUGACAUUACAGAGUGACUUCUGUGCAGACUGUUAGAUGUAAGCAUUUCACCUCUCAACCCACGCCAGUUUCUUUGGCCCCUGACCACACAUGUCAACUUGAUAGCUCAGCACACGAACAACAAAAGCAAAAGCCAACAAAUGGAGCUACAUCAAAAAACUUAAUAGCUCAGCACCAUGCUUGCAUUUAUUUUCUGAUUAUACAGUAGCUGUAACCAAGGCAUAAAAACCUGCUAAAAGGCCAGGGCCCUGUUCAUGAGACACCUUACGCUGCCUUUUGUGCUUAGAAAUACAGGUUACACAGUUAUACUAUUGUACACAAAAGUGGAAAAUCUCAAACAAGCUCUUGGCAAACAGGCAAACAAAUUUGAUCUCCUCUCUCCUCCCUCCCUUCGUGAAAUACAGUAUUUAUAUUUUCCAGCCUCCGAGAAGAUAGCAGAACAUGAUCUUUCACAAGAGAAUUAUAGACCUGCUUAUUAUAAAACAGAUGUGCUUCGAUGGCAAAGUGCCUUUUCCUCCACCCCCAGCUCCCUGUCAUGUAGCUUACUUCUGCAUUCACUAUAAUUAAUGUAUCUGUGAUUCCGACUGUCAGCAAGGCCGUCCCCAGCACACUGCAUUUGGAGACCCGUAUGCAAGGCCGUCUCCUCCCCUUCUAGCACAUUAACUCUAUGUAUAGAAUUUCCUGUCCCAACUCACAGACACCAGGGUUGGGCCCGCCAAGAGUCAGGGUGAAAUUCUGGAUUCCUGGGCGAAAGACCUGUGUUUUCACCAGUGCCGUUGUAGAGGGCCGUGCUAAAGAUUAGCAGUCCCUGUGAACUCGUAAGGAGAGCUUUCCACUCACAUCGUUUUCUGCUUAUUUUCAAAGGGGGGAAAAAAAUAGUGUGCUAUCAACAUCAGCUACCCAGAACUGGCACUGAAUACCAGCUGCUUCUGUUUUCUCUCCCUCUUGUGAGUCCCUGACAGCCGGGUCGGGCCCGCCACAGGCCUGCACCAACACUCAGCCACCACCACCAAAAUCCGAUGGGACACGGCGGAGCCAGCCUAGAAGUGGGGUCUGCCAUGGAAAUUCAAAAUGGCCUUUUUCAGCCCAGAAUGCCUCAGAGCACAUGAACGCCCUCACUAUUUUCAACCCUAACCAAUUACUUGGUGCACUAUUAGGUAAUUGUUUCUCUGCUCAGAAACUGUCGAAACAAAAGCAAAUCUGUGGAUUACCACCUCCUUAAGGCCAAGCUAAUACCUGUUUUCCCUCGUGUUCCGUUUUUCAUCCCAUAUUAAAUAUCUUGCACAUAAAGCACAUUAGAAAAUGGCCAAUUAAUCUCUGAGAGCUGGCAGCUGACUCAGGGGAACCUCUUUUCACUUGGAAGGCCCAUUCCCUGGUGUAUCACUUGAGGAAAUCCCUCCUAAAAGUGCCAGAAACUCAUGUGUGAGACAGUCCAACCCUGGUGAAAUGUUGGCAUCUAACCCUGCAGUAACGAAGCCAGUUCCUAAAAUAGACCUCAGUUUGCAUCACGGCAGGAAGGCCACAAUGUACUUAAAAAACAGUCCACUGCAGUGGGAGCUGUGUUCUUUCCAGAGCUGCUUUAUCCUAACGUUGAAAGCCUCUUUAUCUGAAAACCUCAUAAACUCCUGUCUCCCAUCUUUGUUUCACUGCCUUUUCAAGGGACUGGAUUAGUCAUUUUCAUGUCUAUCGAGCUAAAGGGUAAUCUCUUUUAGGAGCUUGAAUAUUUGAUUAGGGUAAUCGCUUUUUGAUUUUUCUAGAAUAGGCUUCCACCAAAACAGGAAUAUCUCAAGCACUUGAGAUUCGCGGUUUCCAACCAUCAGGGUGAUGUCCUCCAGGCUUCAGCUGUGGGGGAGUGUGGCUUUCGCGCUAGCGACCUUCGCUGGGCAGGAGCUCGAUGGGGCCUGGCCUUGUUUUGUCUCUGCAUGUGGACACUGAACAUUAACACUGGAUAGUUUCUUCCCCGGCCUCCUUGAAAAGACUUGGCUUCCAAACCAGUGUGUUUGGUCUCUGCCCAUCCCUGGGCCAGAAAAGGUCAUCUGUAGAUGAUACCAGGAUGGGACGAGCAUGAUGCCACACUCAACACCGUCUGCAAAGAGAGGCAUUAUCUGGAGAAGCGGACGUACAUGCCGCUGCUAAUUUAGGAUAAAACUGAUGCUGCUGUUCAUGUUCAUGUAGAAUUAUUCAUCUCCUCUGAUCUGCUGCACUUAUUUGAAAUAAUGAAGUAAGACUUCAAGUCCUGAUUCUGAUUCUGCCUGUAGUCAACACAAAUGUGUUGUUUUAUUUUCAUCUCUCCCAGUAAAAUGAGAUGCAUGCAAUUUUCCCCCUUUUUAUUUCUGGAUAUUCUGUCUCGCCAUUUUUCUUACUGUAAGAUAAUGUGAAAAAAACAGACUUGGGGCAAGACUGAAAGAAAUAACCACUCCCCACCUCCUCGCCCCCCUUCGCAUGAAUUGCAUCUUAGAAGCACUUUGUUUUCCUUUCCUGGGUUCUAGUUGACAGUGGGCAUUAAGAGUUUCUGUGUUGUGUGCCUGGUACAUUCCUCAGUCCCUGAGUCUAGCAGGACUAACAGCUUGAGGUUGCAUCCAGGGACAGGUGACUAAGCCCUGGUCAGUUCACCUUAACAAAUGCUGGUUUCUACCCCGUGGGACAGUGUGGCCACACUUAGGUCCCAGCACCCAGCAGCCACCUUCUUUGUAGAGUAGACACUUCUAAUUUUGAUUUUGUUGAUUCCAAAAUCUCUGGUUUGAGGGUUUUCCUUUGGUGUGUUUCAGUGGGAGUGUGGCAAGGUGAAAUCACCAAGUAUUGUGAAAGUCACAAGUGUGGAGCACCCUCCUAAAUACACCGGCGGUUGUCAGGAGUUUUAUUGGAAAGGGUUGCGAGUGAUCAUGUUAUGUGGCUCUUUCCUCAUAAAAGCGACCCUCGGGUGUGAUGGAGGCAUUGUGAAGUCAGCAGACAACUGCUGUUUCGCUUUGGUUCCCACCUGUGUAGAAAGAAGCCAUCUUGUUGGGGCUGCCGUAAAGCCACUGCUGCCCAGCCAGGCACCCCCAGCUCCUCUGAGCACAACAAAGAUCCUUCCUACGGCCAGGGAGCUGCAGACCAGCCUCUCCCCACCGCUACCCGUGCUCCACCUGGCCCCCUCUCCUGAGCCCUGGCCUAGAUCCCUCACAGCUAGUAAACCAGCUGGUGGACAAUUGGGACCUAGGGGUCCUCCAUGCUGGCUCCCCACUGUCCUUCGUCCCUGUAGGAGUGCCUUAUAGUACUGUCUAGUGCUUCUAGUCUAGUCUCUGACCCACUUGAAGCCUGCAGGACCUUUCGCCUAAACCUGGAUCACUUUGCUUCUUUCCUGCUGGCUAGUCUUUCUACAGAGCACUUGGAGCUUGCACGUUCCAUAUGCAUGUCUCCCUUUCACCGUUGUCUAACCUGGUGCCUUAACCACAUGAGUAGAAGGAUUCCCGUGGAAAACGGUGGGAGAAGCACCGACCUCUUAGCUCCUUGGACACUUUUCCCAGGAAAUAGAAAAGAUAAAACCACAUCAUGUUUUAACUUUAUUUUAUGCUGUUUUCUUAAUCGCUCUUUUGGUUGGUUUGCUUGCUUUCAUUAAGCAAACUCAGGGGAAUGUCAUGAUGUCACCAAGGCCAAUGGGUAGAAAUUGACCAGUUUUCCAGGUUUAAAUCUGUCAACGGUGAACUUAGCCCUUUCCAGGUUAAAAAAUUACAUAAACACGGAUUUUUCUUUUCCUUUACUGUAUAAAAGUUUGUUUGUUUGUUUGUUUUCAAACUUACCAUCUAUUUUCCAAAAGGGAAGUAAGACCCCUCAUGGAUAAACUGUGAUUAAAAGCUUCCUGUGUGACAUGGGUAUCCACUGAGCUAUUAAAUUAGGUACUCACUCUGGAGCCCAGGCUCUGAAUGGGGUCCCCUAUCAGAAUCUUACUGAGAAUAGCUGGUAGCCAGCCUUCCAGAGACAUAUUAAAGGAAAAUCUGUCUUUAAGGAAAGGCAAAAGGAGGGGAAAUACUUAGGGUGUAAAUGAAAAGCAGUGACCUUGGCGAUGCAAAAGACUUCUGUUCAACGUGUUCUUCUAUUCCUGGGUCAAAUCAGUGUUAUUUUCUCUCAUUUUGCUCAUCUGGUACAGAAUUGACACAAAUGUGGGUUUGGGGUAUGAUAUCACUCCAGUGAGCUAUUUGUAAUAGUUAAUGUGCUAACACUAGAUGUGUUUCUGUUUUCUGGAUUUUAUCGCCUUUUGUUUUGGCAAAACAUCCAUGUUUUUGUUUACAUCAUUUUUUAAAAAAAUAAUCAGUAAUUGUAAUAGUAAAUUACAGUUGCAUUGUUGACAAGACCCCUCAUUCACAUGGUCAUCUGUCAUACAAUUUAAGCGCACCUGUUCCUAAUGUAUAAAGUUAUCUCUCAAUAAACAAUGC